UCUUCCACCUCAGUUGAUGGUGAACUGUUACUGUAUUUGCUAAAUCGCUCUAUGGAUUCAAAGUGAUUGGCUUUAAUCACUUGCUCAAACAUGGCUGAAAGUGUACUGGGGAUAGCCUUUUCUCUUCUGCUCCUUGCUUCUAUUAUCCGAGGAGCAAAGAAUUCUGAGUUGUUUGUUAAUGAAACACUGGAAGCUGAGGUGGGCGAGAACAUUACCAUGCCUUGCUUGCUGAAAAAUGCUAUUUAUCACAAGAUUAUCCAAAUUAAAUGGAUUAAAAAUGGACGAACAAGCCUUGCCGUGUAUAACCCAAUACACGGACACUUUCAGUAUUGGCCUAACUUCACAAUCCAAGUAAAAAGAGAUGAUGAAAACCAUUUAAUGGGUUCGUAUCUACACCUUCCCUGGGUGAACAAAUGGGACAGUGGGAAAUAUAGCUGUGAGAUCUUGACGUUUGUUUCAGGUAGUUUUACCAACGAGACAAAGUUAACAGUAAGAGAUGAGAUCAAACUAUUGUGCAAUGCCAACAGCGUGUUUGAGGUCCACUUUGGAGACAAUGCUACAAUACAAUGCACAGUGAACUCCAAUGCACAGUACAGGUGGACGAAGAACAACAAGCUUGUGUCAGAGAUCGAAUACCUGGAGCUGUGGCAGGUGACAGAAGCCUAUGCAGGAGUUUACGAGCUAACAGUCAACACAGGAAACAAACGUCUGCAUAAAGAGUUUUUGAUCUCCGUGCAGACUACAACCACCAGUUUAAGGACAGGUCCUACAAAGUCAACUCAGGGUCCAACUGAUUCACCACACACCAACGCUGCAAUUUCAUUAACCCCCACAGUUUCAACAGAUAUACAGUGGCCCACUCAACCAAACUCCAGCACAGUUAUAGUCCCUGCUGAAGGACAUAUAACUCCUUCAACAACACAAUCCAUCGCCAGUCACUUACACAGCUCUAGCAUGCCGAGUAAUGACACGACAGAGCUCACGUCAGCACAGAGAACAGCCAGUGAUGAGACGAAGAAUGAGUCAAGUAUUAACAGACUGUACACAGAGGCUAAAGUCUCAAUAAGCACAGAGGAGUUCAGGACCACCCAGAACAUAUUAGAACGUACUGGACACCCUCGAACAGUUCCAACUGCCAGAGCUACAGUGAUUGUAAGGAAUGACAAAGCAACCAGACGGAGUCAUACAUUGUUGGUGUCCGUCACCGUUCUUCUGCUGUUAUUGAUUGUCAUGGUCAUCAUUCUUUACUGGAGGCAACUCAGAAAAAAGAGGAUGGACCUCCCGCCUCCAUUCAAACCUCCCCCACCUCCUGUCAAGUAUACAGCUGCAAGACGAAGUGAGACACAGCUUUUCCCCACUUCGAGGUGCAACUCCAUAUAUCAGAACCUAUGAAACCCCUCUUUAUAUGAUUGAUGAAUGUUAACUUGCUUUGUAUAACAGUUUUUGCUGUACUUGUGGAGGUCAGCUGAAAGUGAUUUCACACUGACAAAAAAAGUGUAUUGCUUUUAACUGCAUGUAUGUAUGCACCAGACAAAUAUUUCUUAAUGUCGAGACCGUGCGUCUUUAUGAGAUCACAUGCGCACACAGCCCUCUCUUGAAGGCCUAAAAUUAAAAAAACACAGCUUCUCAAAACAACAGGGGUAAUUGAGCAUUGUCAAACUGAUGGAAUAGCUUUGUACAAGUCUAUUCAGCUUGUCGCCUUGCGGGUUCCAGCAAAUCAAGAGUCCAACAAGUUAAUGAAAGGACCCCAAAUCUCCUCAAAACUUUAUUGUUUGGACUUUCUAAUGUAUAUUAUUCUUUCUAGUGGCAAAUUAGACAACAUAUGCCUCAUCCAUUGGGUGGCACCAGGUCUAUUGACAUUCUUCCAAUGCACUUUUUUGCAGAUAGCAGACGUAUAUCUAUAAAAGUACAUUUUGCCAUCCUAAAUUAGGCUUCUCGGGGUAUAAAGCUAACAGAAAUAAUUUAAAAUCGAAUGGAAAUGGCUUUGAGAGAUUUGUUUCAAUUAUGUAUCUCACCUCUUUCCAAAAUAUAUUGAUUUGUCUGCAUUCCCACAUGCAGUGUAUUAAAGUCCCUUUAGAAUUACACUUUACACAAAGAUCUGGGAUAUUAUUAUUGUAUUUAUUUAAAUGCACAGGCGUAAGGUACACUCGCAUUAGCCAUUUAAAUUGCUUUUGAAUUCCAAUAUUGCACCUAAAAUUACGUGUAUCUGUAGGCGUCUCAAUUAUUAGCAACAAUAGGUAUGGCACAAAAAAAUAAUCCUUUGAACAACCAUCACAUUGCGGUCAUCAUAGUAGUGCAAAUACAGCUAAAUAUAUUCAGAAUUAUUAAUUACUUACUCAUCAUAUGAAUUUAUCAUAAAAUAAUUCCAUGUUACAUACUUCUACAUACUACUAUUUCUAUGAUUCUACAAAUAUUAUAUAAAUAGCCAAUUUAUUUUAAUAUUGCAUUUCAAUAGUGCCUGAUGUUGUAAAAAGGCUACAAAACAAAAAUUACGAAUAAGUAAGAAUUUUUGUCACAUGUUGUAUAUUCAGAUAUACCACUAUUGAAUGACAUAAUUAAGCUGGUAUAUAUAUUUUUCUUUACACAAUUACUUCAAAUUUCGAAUGUUUAGUUUAUCAACCAAAAUCCACGCUGCCUGCUGACCGAGCAUUACUGCUUUCAUAAAAUAGAUGUAGCUCACACUGUAUACACUAGAUGGGGGCAAAAUACUUACAAAUAGGUUCUUUAGUGUGGGGGCAUAUCCAAUAACCAGCAUUAGCUGUAAACAAAUACCAUAUUGUUUUAUGAUUGUUGGUGUAAUUGUGAAGUACUUUGGCCAACUGUUGUUUUUAAAUGUGCUUUAUAAAUACAUUUGACAUUGAUACUGGCAUUUACAACCUUGGCUAUUUUCAGAUUUGAAUUGAAUUUGCUACAGUCUUCCAAAAGGGUGUUAACUUUGUAUCUUGGUUCCCAGCCUUAUUUGUCACAUUUGGAGAUGUUUUGAACAUUCUAUGCAUUGCUCUGUCUAUAGAUAUGGGUAAGUUUGUGCAAGCAGCUAUUUUUAAGGCUUUUUCCUGAUUCAUGAGGAUCAACACGCAUCUGGUUUACUUAAAUGUCAUGUUCUCCCAUCCAUUCAAUUUUGAAGAGUGACUAGGAGAAAGAAGCCACUUUUUUACAAAUUACUCACACCACUGGGGAACAGAAAGUAAUGCAUAACAGGGAUAAAGUUCACAAACAUUUUGAAUAAUAUUGUUAAAAUAGAUAGAGUUUUAUUGCCACCUGAAUGAACAAACUUAAACUGAAGCUUUUAUUUUUCUAAGUAUAAUAUUACCGUAUAUCAAUGAAUGAAUUAGAAGUAAUUUUAGGGUUUUUACGCAUCUUUAGGUUGCAAAAAAUGUAGUUGGUGGCGUAAAUAUAAAUUAAAUAACAUUUUGUGCAUUUGUAUGUGUGUUUUUGCAGUUAAAAAGUUUUUUGCUAAAUGUAAUACAUGCAGUAAGUUUAUAGAAGUUGUAAAUAAAAGAAAAAUAUUUUUGCCUUUUAA